AUGCAAAUGGUUUGUGGUCAGCUGGUUGAUAUUCAGGCCGAACAAUUUGUGGGUGACAGUCAGAAUGAUUCAGGUGCAGCUCUUCCUUCUCCCAUUCUCCCUUCGCUGGACGAAGAAUCCUCCGACAUCACACUGUCCGUCCUAGCGAAUCGGACGCACGAACCAGACGAUAAAUCUUCUGUGAAAGUAAACCGUCGCAUAUCACUCUAUAUGGAAAAUCCACACGUCUCUCCGUCAGACGAUUCACCACAACAACGACUUAAUCUUAAUUCACAGGAACAAGAGAACAUCCCCCCCUCCCCUGUCCAACCCUCACCCAGCUGGUUGAUUUCAAGAUAUUCACCUCCCAAAUUGGUUGGUCUGGAAUCACUACUGGAAGGUCGAGUAUUGCGUUCCCGUCGCACUCCCCUGCUUCCUUCAAAGCCGAACAAUAAUAUGCUACGUUUUCAUGUUUUCACGGGCCAGACUUUAGAUGAAGCUUGUCAACCCAAAUUUCCGGGCGCUGCGCCGCUGGACCCCAAGCUUGUCCUCACAUUAACACGGCGCCGAACUCGUCUUAGACAACAGAAAGCCAGGCGGCUAGGCUUCAAGGAGAUUGCUGUUUCCAGAAAAACCGAGCGCCGCUUGUCUAUGCUUAUGCGCACGAUGCAGGAGAAUCUCUCGAGCCCUGAUAAUUAACUUGUGAAUGUUAUGUACGUCUUCAUGUUACUUUGUGUGCAACGUAAGCGAUUGACAACUCCAAGGUAAACAAUAUCGUAUUACCACCUUUUCUGGCCACUGGAACACCAUGCCCGCAGUGAGGCUCCUGUGGUUAGCGAUGGAAUAUCCUUCAUGGUGUUAAAUUUCUUGGGAACCACCCAGGCGUCUCUUUCGACUCCCUGCUUGUCAUUAAGUCCCGAACUGACCUUCAGCUUGGUUUUUUGAUGUGUACUAUUUUUGGAACUUUGUUCAAAACCCGGUAAUCUGUUCGAAAAAUUUCGCAUAACUCAACUGUUGUCA